AUGAGUACCCAAAUGGCGAAGGAAGAGCAAAAUGAAGCAAGCUCCGUGGCCGCGGAUCUGGUCAGCUUCUUAAACGCCUCUCCCACAGCUUUCCACGCAGUUGACGAAGCAAAGAAGCGAUUGAGGAGUGCGGGGUAUGAGCAGGUUUCAGAGAGGGAGGAUUGGAGUUUAGAGACUGGGAAGAAAUAUUUCUUCACCAGGAAUCACUCAACAAUUGUCGCUUUUGCUAUUGGUAAAAAAUAUGUUGCUGGGAACGGAUUCCAUGUAGUUGGUGCUCACACUGACAGUCCCUGUUUGAAACUGAAGCCUGUUUCGAAGGUAUCAAAAGGUGGGUAUUUGGAAGUUGGUGUCCAAACAUAUGGAGGUGGUUUGUGGCAUACAUGGUUUGAUCGUGACUUAACUGUUGCUGGAAGAAUAAUAGUACGAAGAGAGAAUGAUGAUGGUUCUGAUUCCUACUCACAUGAACUCAUUAGGAUUGAAGAGCCCUUAAUGCGGAUCCCAACACUGGCUAUUCACUUGGACGGGGACGUCAGGGAUGCAUUCAAGGUGAACACACAUAAUCAUCUUGUUCCAGUCUUGGCGACAUCAAUUAAGGCCGAGCUAAAUAAACUGGCUGCUGAGAAUGGUCCUGUUGAAAGUGGAGUUGCAACUGAUGGAAAGAAAGAUAACGAAAAGCACCAUCCCCUCCUUUUGCGGAUUCUUGCAAAUCAGGCUUGCUGUGAACCACAGGACAUAUGUGAUUUUGAGUUGCAAGCAUGCGAUACUCAGCCAAGUAUAGUUGCUGGUGCAAUGAAGGAGUUCAUUUUCUCUGGAAGACUUGAUAAUCUUUGCAUGUCAUUUUGCUCUUUAAAGGCAUUGAUAGAUGCUACUUCUUCUGAAAGUAGUCUCGGAGAUGAGACAGGUGUAAGAAUGGUGGCUUUGUUUGACCAUGAGGAGGCUGGAUCUAAUUCAGCCCAAGGAGCUGGAUCUCCUGCCAUGUUGGAUGCUCUAUCCCGAACUACAAGUUCCUUCAGCUCAGAUUCUAAGUUACUUGAGAAAGCAAUUCAGAGGAGUUUCCUGGUAUCUGCUGAUAUGGCACAUGCCUUACAUCCUAACUACAUGGACAAACAUGAAGAAAACCAUCAGCCCAAGUUGCAUGGGGGGCUUGUGAUCAAACAUAAUGCGAAUCAACGUUAUGCCACCAAUGCUGUCACUUCCUUCAUAUUUCGGGAGAUAGCAGCUAAGCACAAGCUUCCUGUUCAGGUGACAGAUCUCCCUAACCCAGUUAAUGUGUUUGCGUAUGAUACUGGAGUUCAUGAGUGUGAUAACAAGGAAGAUUUUGAUUUUGUGGUUCGCAAUGACAUGCCAUGUGGUUCAACCAUUGGCCCCAUUCUGGCUAGUGGUGUAGGGAUUCGUACUGUUGACGUUGGUGCCCCCCAACUAUCAAUGCACAGCAUUAGAGAAAUGUGUGCAGUUGAUGAUGUGAAGCAUUCAUACGAGCAUUUCAAGGCCUACUUCCAAGAGUUCUCGUAUCUUGAUGCCAAGAUUACUGUGGACAUUUAG